AUGGGUGGUGCCUUCUCCGGCCUCAGAAAUAUCAUAGCUGUCAUCUCGCAGCUGUUUCCCGGGAAGCCAGAAUUCAGUCCGGAUCAGAUCCCUGACUUGACAGGGCAGGUUGCAAUAGUCACUGGAGGCAACACGGGCAUUGGCAAGGAAACUGUUAAGGUGUUGCUGCAGCAUAACACGAAGGUGUACAUGGCAUCUCGCAACAAGGAGAAGGCGGAAUCAGCAAUCAAAGAACUGAAGGAGAUGACGGGGAGGGAAGCGAUCUUUCUACAGUUGGAUCUCAGUAUUCUCGCCUCAAUCAAGCGUGCUGCUCAGGAAUUUUCAAGUAAGGAGCCGGCCUUGCAUGCGUUAUAUAACAACGCUGGUGUCAUGUGGUGUCCGGUCGAUUUGGUCACGGAAGAUGGGUAUGAUCUUCAAUUCGGCACGAAUGUUCUCGGUCAUUUCUACUUUACAGAGCUCCUCAUGCCCGCUCUCUUCGCAGGGGUGGAGAGCUCCCCCGACCAUCACGCACGCGUGAUCACUACCGCUUCCAGUGCCGCAUAUCUGUACACGCUCAACUGGGACACCUUCAAAGGUGGGCAGGCACGGCUCAAGAUGUCUACCGAGAACCUAUACAGCCAGAGCAAAUUUGGCAAUGUGGUAGUCGCACGAGAACUAUCAAAGCGCUACGCUGAUAAAGGCAUCAUUUCCAUCUCGCUUAAUCCUGGUGGGAUUGAUACCGAGUUGCAGCGAUAUGUACCCGACGGCAAACGCAAGUUUAUGCGGAUGACAAUCCUGCGCCCUGCACCUUGGGGCGCUCUCACACAACUGUGGGCAGGAACAAUGCCAGGGGCUCUUAAUCACAAUGGCAAGUUCUUGAUUCCAUGGGCCAAGGUCGGUCAGUGCCGUAAGGAGGCGUACGAUGACAAGAUUGGCGAGCAGCUGUGGAAUUGGCUUCAGGAACAGAUCAAGGACAGAUGA